CUUUUGCCUCAACGUUUUAGCAACACCCUGUGUACUAAAUUUUUAUAAAUACUUCAGCCAGCUCCAAACUAAGUAAUACAGCUAUGGGUGUAGUAGCCAUUCUAGAGAAGGUUGUAUUGGUGGGAUUAAUAUCUCUAUUUAUGAUGGCAUCGCUUUGUAAACUAUUUCCAUCGAAGUUUCCAGAAGAAGUAGGAGCUGACAUGAAUCGGAAGUUCCAACAGUAUUGUUAUGUUUGUGUUACCAUUUUGUUUGGAUAUCAGCCAAAUCCAAUGACAUACAAAAUGGUGACAGGAAUAAUAGAAUUAGCUGGAGCCCUUGCCCUAAUCCUGAAGGAUACUAGAAAGAUCGGAUGUGUUUUGCUUAUCAUUACAAUGGCGGGAGCAGUUCAAACACUCAUUUGUUUAAAAGAAUACAAAGAAAGUAUUUUCCCAAGUAGUGUGUUUUUCGCACUGUGCUUUCUGUAUCAUGUUUCUGGACGGAAAGUGUCGCUGGAAAAGUCCAAAACAGAAUAGCAGUGUAGGCUGGAUAAUAUUGAAGAGUUUGUACGAAUACAAAAUAUAUUGUAAUUGUA